AUGUCCUCCUCAACUAUUCCAUCCUACACUGCCAAUCUUUCAGCACCUUAUCCUCUCUGUGAGAAAUCGAGUCACUCAUUUUCCAUUAGUAAAAGUGGUCAUACUUUUAAUUUUCGAAUGGAUGUGAGUUCAAUUUCUUCCGAAUCAUUGUCAGCAUCCUAUGCAUCGAUGGGAUAUUAUCUGAGAGAAUCGGCAAGUGUUUUCCUUUUGGGCAAUAAUCAAGGUGAAGAACAAGCUGUUGCUCAUUAUUGUCAUCGAUAUGGACCUUCUUCUGAUACUAGUGCAUUGUAUGGGUACAUUGUUGGACAAGGAGAAGCAUCUGCAGAGAAUUGUUUGGACAUGUCAAUGUUUGGUAAUUUUGCCAACAAUAUUCAAACUCAUUUUGAAUCCAAUUGGGACAGUUCAAGCUUGCCUGGAAAAUCAUGCAUCAUUGCUUAA